AUGGCGGAAGUGCAGAUUCCUCGAGUGAAACUUGGAACUCAAGGCCUCGAGGUUUCAAAGUUGGGGUUUGGGUGCAUGAGCCUUAGUGGAGUCUAUAACGACCCUCUUCCGGAAGAGGAAGGCAUAUCAGUUAUUAAGCAUGCAUUCAACCAAGGAAUCACUUUCUUUGACACUGCUGAUGUUUAUGGGGCCAAUGCUAACGAACUUUUGCUCGGAAAAGCUUUAAAGCAGUUACCUAGAGAAAAGGUGCAGGUAGCAACGAAAUUUGGGCUUUCAGGAUUAAGUUUUCCUAAAAUACAAGUCAAUGGCACACCAGAAUACGUGCGAUCAUGUUGUGAAGCUAGCUUGAAACGCCUUCACGUUGAAUACAUUGAUCUUUAUUAUCAGCACAGGGUGGACCAAACAGUACCCAUUGAGGAAACAGUAGGUGAACUGAAAAAACUGGUGGAAGAGGGAAAAGUGAGGUAUAUAGGGUUAUCUGAAGCCAGUCCAGAUACAAUAAGAAGAGCACAUGCAGUUCAUCCCAUCACUGCUCUACAAUUAGAGUGGUCCCUUUGGACUCGUGACAUUGAGGACGAGAUAGUUCCUCUCUGCAGGGAGCUUGGCAUUGGAAUUGUACCAUAUAGCCCUCUUGGUAGAGGAUUUUUUGGUGGCAAAGGAGUUCUGGAAAAAGUGCCUGCAAAUAGUAUCCUGACUGCACAUCAUCCCCGCUUCCAAGCAGAAAACAUAGAGAAGAACAAGAAUAUAUAUUACCAAUUAGAAAGUCUUGCUAAGAAACACCAGUGCGCUCCUCCCCAGUUAGCAUUAGCAUGGGUUCUCCACCAAGGAAACGAUGUUGUUCCUAUUCCUGGAACAACCAAGAUUAAGAACCUGGAUCAAAACAUCGGUGCACUAUCAAUGAAAUUUACAGAAAAUGACUCGAGAGAAAUUUCUGAGGCAGUUCCCAUAAAUGAUGUUGCAGGGACUCGACACUUCAGUGGAAAUGAUAAAAUUUCUUGGAAAUGUGCCUACACUCCUCCAAAAAAUUCAAGGGUCUAACUUGAAAUCCU